CAGAUCUACACGUAUCCCAUCAAGUCCCUCAGGGGGGUAUCGCUUCAUUCAAUACAUGCCAGGCCCACUGGCUUCGCAUAUGACCGCCAUUUCAUGCUCUGGGAUGUCGCCAAGAAGGAGAACCUCCAUAUCGGACUUCGACCUGCCCUCUGCCUCUUCACCACCAGGCUCACCCCUGAGGAUGGCCCUCGAAGCAUCGAGGUCCAAUAUGGCCUGAGUCAUACCUUCGACAAACCUUCUGAGCCCGUUGAACAGUCUACCUUAUCAGUACCCCUGGAGCCGGAUGUGAAGGAGUUGGCGCAGGUCACUGUAACAAUGCACUUUAGUCCAUGCUCGGCCUACGACAUGGGAGAAAAGUACAAUCACUGGUUCAGUCGUCGCUUGGGAUACCCUGUCAAGCUGCUCUACAUUGGAGACUAUCGAAGAAAGGUCCUAGGGAAUAUGGGCCAAGGAGUAGCGUCUGGGAUGUCCAAGUCACUUCAUCUCUCGUUAACAGCCAUCCCGUUCAGGAAAUGGCCAUGGAAAGGCGAGCCCUUGAUUACGUUUGCAGACCUUGCUGCCUAUCUCAUCAUCAGCCAGAAGAGCUACGAGGACGUCAACAAGAGGCUUCCCGACGAUGAGCAGAUGGAUAUUACCAAGUUCCGGGCCAACCUUGUUGUGUCUGGAGCCAAAGAAGAGUAUGAAGAAGACUAUUGGGCCGACCUGCGAAUUCGUGGGACCAUAACAAUGAAGCUGACGCAAAACUGCGCGAGAUGCAGCAGCCUCAACGUCGACUACGCCACUGGCAAGGCUGGCAAGACCGAGGCAGGCAAGGUCCUGAGGAAACUAAGCAAAGACAGGAGAGUUGACCCAGGCGCGAAAUGGAGUCCGAUAUUUGGCAGAUAUGGUUUCCUUACAUCGACCUCGAGCGAAGCUGACGCAGUUGUCAUCAAUGUCGGGGACGAGGUUGAGGUGACAAGGCGUAACUCAGAACGCACCAUC